AAGUGCCACAAAUGCUUCAUACUGCUCGCGGUUGAAAUGCUUGAUUGAGAAUAUAUGCAGCUAAGCUGUUUGUCAAAAUGUCAAAUUGAAUUGUAUCAUAUAAUAUAGCGUUAAUUAGAAGAGCCAGAAAUGGUUGAUGUUUUUUCAUUAUGAUUGAAGUUUCCUCAUUGUGGUUGAAAUGGUUGAUUGAGAAUAUAGGCAUGGCUGGGAAAGCAGUGAAAUCUGUUGCAAAAGCAGUUGGAGAAUACCAGUUCCCAUGGAAAGAGAAGUUGACAAAAUACAGAGAUGAGCUUUCAAAGGGUGUGUGGGGUUACUGGGAGCUUGGUGCUUGGAAGCCUCUAGCUAUCAGUGCACGCCGCCGAGCUCGGAUCCGCAAAGAGGUCCUCCUCGCUGGAGGUGAUUGGGAAUUUGAUCCGGAAAGGAAGGAGAUGAAGACGAAGAGGAAAGGUCACAAGGUUGAUAGGUUGGCUGCCGAGAAGCGAGCCAAUACUGCUCGACUGAUGGAAGAGAUGCCCAAGAUGUUGGAUGAUUACAAGAAGAGAAGGUGGGAGAGGAAGAUGAAAGCCGAAGAGGAUGCUGCCAAGAAGGCGUUGAACGAGUAGCUAAAAGCUCAGCCCUUUCGAUUCAUGGUAUUAAAAGCUGGAUUCCUUCUUGUUCGGUUUCACCUUGAUGCUUUGUUAGUUCUUACAUAAGUUGUUGAUGGACUUCCGUUGUGAACCUUUAUGUUAUGAUGUAGGUCGUGCUUUUUAGACAUUUGUUUUCUAUCGGGCCUCUGCUAAAACUGAGAUGCUGAUGAAUUAUUAAAAACUAGAUUCCUUCUUGUUCA